ACUGGAUCAUUUUUUUUAAAUGACUCACAGUUUUCUCUCAGUUCUUCUAUUACUACAAAAGUAACUUUGGCUAUUCUACGUUGUCUGAUUUGCACGACCUGCCUGAAAAAAGGAGCCGCAGCGGGGGCUACCCUCUUUCACACCGGAUCAUCUUUCUUCAUCAGCAGGCGGAAAAAGGUUUAGAGGAAGAAUAGGGGCCAGUAUCCCCAGUCAGAGAGAAAGAGAGAUCCCCUCUUUCGCCCCGGCUCGCUGCCCAAGCACAGAGAGCGGUUACUUACGAUUCUACAGUCAACCUCUGGACAUCCACCUGCGAGGACGGAGGUGCUCGACCUCACUCGACAUCCGGUGCAGUGACAUGAACGGUGUUUGAGAGAGAGAGAGAGAAAGAACGAGAGACUCGUGUGCUCCAAUUUUCAUAUUUCUCUUUUCGAUAUUUUUUUAUAUUUACCCGAUAUCUCUCGCGAGGACGUUCCGGUUGAUUUUAAUGUAACGUGGAGGUCACCGAGGACGGGCCGAGAAAGGACUUGUAACGCAACUUGAAACAAAUGUUCCUCACGAUGUCCAGGUAUCUCGGUCUGAUACUUAUUAUCACGGCGUUUACGCGUGCAUAUGAUGCCAAGAAAUGCGAGGGCAACGGCCUGGGUCUCAAAUAUGUUUGGGGCGAUGCACUCACUGAUCCGAAUGACUGUAUAGGACCAAAUAAUAUGCAAUAUCCCUCAACCGCGAUAUCGAGGAGCUUCAAGAAUCUUUGGACGGGCAGUAGUCGAACCGCGCGAUCGCAUCAGCCACGGACGAUUGAUCCCGAACGGACAAGGCAGGCGCUUUUGUACAACUACAAAGUGGCCCACGGAGACUACUCCAUCGCCGGAAACUCCCGGAACGGCCGUGCGGUUUCCGCGAAGGAAAGUUGCGGUUCGCCCGCUAGACUCUGCAAAACAAGGUACAACACCACGGCCCCUAUGUACGGCAUCAGCCUUACUAGCGGGCAACCGGUAACGAUCGUUCAGAAGUUCCCUGAUCUCCUGCAACAGGUUGUCUUCGAAGUCUGCGAAUCGAAGGAAUGCGACGUGGUUCACGGCGAAUGCACGCAGACCUACGUACCGUACCUGUUUCUGGUGAUUCCUCUGGGUCCAGUGACCUUGACCGGUCAGGAUUACGUGCUAGUAGAAAGCGGUUGCGUGUGCAAGCCGAGAAAUACGGCGAGCUCGUCCACCGACACGCCACCGGCAGUACCGAGCUUCUAAUCUUCAUCAAAUGUCAUAAGUGUCACAAGCAUGUCGGACUGUCUCUCCGCCGAAACGAGGGGAUUCCCUAUAAACAAUUCGCGUUUUACCAAAAUGGUAUAGAGCGAUUUCGAGCGCCAAGAUCCUCGAAUAGCUCGGCAAUCUCAUCGAUGCGAUGCUAGAUUUAUUCACAACUUUGAAAUUUCGCAGGCAACUAAGAGCCAGUUCUUAAUUUGCUAGAUUUAUUUCUUGAGAGAAAUCUGAUAAAUCUAUGAAUGCACGAAAUGAAUUCCGCCCCAAACGAAAUAAAUCCGUGUCCUUUUUUUUACGAAAGGAUACCGCUUCGUAGCUAUAAAAUUU